CAAGGCCGAGUCCCUUCCGCAUCCAACCAUCAGCCCGUCAUGAACACCGCCGCUCUGCGCUACGCAAUCCUGCUGUAGCAGUCCUCCGACUCUCUGCUUUCCAUCCUCCCUUGUGCAUUCUUCUCUACCCUCCUACACUUUUUGUAAUCUUCUUCUGAUGCCUGCUCGUGUACAUCGCCCUGACUGUGGAUCAACCCAACUGUAUCAUGCCUACGCCGAGUCACGACACCCUGAUGCUCUCAACCCCUCCGCCCGACCAGCCUUCCACUCGCGCGACAUGUCCGCCGGAGGACCCACGCCUGUCCGCGCAGACUUCUGAUCGCGCAAUUGGUAUUUCGACCGACGGCACCAAUACCGCUGCUUCACAGCUUGCCACGCCGCCCGCCGAUCAGAGCACCAGACCGGAUGCUCCGCCACUCACCGAAUCGCAUGCGAAGACGAUGGAUGCCGAAGAAGAGGCACCGCUGCGGGACACGCCCAGUCCCCUGAGCUCUGCCGAGGACGGCGUCGAGUGCGACCGCUCUGCCCAACGGAGUCCUACGCUACCCUCCACCACCUCCUGGUAUCCCGCGCUCCAUGGCUCGCCUUGGCCAGAGCACAGGUUUUUGCCCAACUCAACUUCCUCCUUCCUGCGACCCGGAAGCAAAUUCAAAGGCACACAACAAUCCGACCGUCAAGUAUAUGAGGUGCAGGUGGAAAUCAAAUAUGUAGACAUGGAGGAGCAUUCGCUCUGCGGCUACCUGCGCAUACAAGGCCUCACGGACGAUCACCCCACCCUUACGACCUAUUUCGAAGGAGAGAUCAUAGGAACUCGCUACACCUUCCAGACCAACCGGCCGGAAUGGGGCUCGAACGAGAAGGUUGACAUGCAACACUGGGGACGUUUUCCUGCCUGGCGCCCUCUGGCCAAACAAGCGAGACGUGCGGACUUCACGUACAAGAAUUUUGCGCAGAGAGAGAACCUCUUCAUGAGAUGGAAGGAACACUUCCUUGUCCCAGACCACAAAGUUCGAUCAAUCUCCGGCGCCAGUUUUGAAGGAUUCUACUACAUAUGCUUCAGUCAGGUCACCGGGAAAAUCAGCGGCAUAUACUUCCAUGCCAAAAGCGAAAAGUAUCAGCAAUUGGAUUUGGAGCACGUUGAUGAUCACGGGUGUAUGGGCGCGAUUGAAUUUCGAUGAUUCACGAGUGAUGAUUUAGCGCUUGCAUACUGGGCGAGAUCGGGCAGGUUGCAGUUUACCUCUGCACGCGGAUUCGGGGUUAGGUCUGGAUGUUUCUUGUUUUUUUCUUUUUGGAGGGGCAUUACCGGAUAUCAUGGUCGGGAUCUAGUUUUCUCUGGCGGCGAACUAUGCGCGCUGCAGUUUAGGGGUUUGCUUACUUGGGUAAUAUGUACAACACCUUAGCUAUUGCUACAUGGUAUCAAAUUUCUGGGCUUCGGGUGGAGCGGGAAACCUCUUUUUCACGGUGGAGUAAAUACUUACGUUUCUCAUAAAUGUAGCAAUCGUAU